UCUGCUUCUGCCUGUUGCUCCUCCCGCCAGUUCAGGAGGAGCCAUGGGGAGCUGGGCCUGGGUCCCCAGCCCCUGCCCCCUACCUGGGCUGCCCCUGCUGCUGCUGCUGCUGCUGGUGCCUCGCGGGGCUCAGCCCCAGGUGGGCAGGAACCAAACGGAACCCCCAGAACAAAGUACCACAGUGACUUCUGAGACUCCUAUCAUCCCUGUAACCUCGGGGACCCCCAGAAUCCCAGCCAUGAGAGCUCCAAAGGCAGAGGGACCCCAUGGUGGGGAGCUUAGCCCGUUGUCCAGGGCAGCCCCCUCCAACAGCAGCCCUGGGGGCACAGCAGUGCUCACCGAGGCCGGGCAGCCCUGCAGGUUCCCCUUCCGCUACGGCGGCCGCAUGCUCCACUCCUGCACUUCGGAGGGAAGUGCCCACAGGAAGUGGUGUGCCACGACUCACAACUAUGACCGGGACAGGGCCUGGGGCUAUUGUGUGCAGACCUCCCCGCCGCGGGAGGGCCCAGCUACCCUGGACCCCUGUGCCUCUGUCCCCUGUCUUAACGGGGGCUUGUGCUCGAGCACCCAGGGCCCUGAGUCGUACCACUGCACCUGCCCCGUGGCCUUCACGGGCAAGGACUGUGGCACGGAGAAAUGCUUUGAUGAAAGCCACCAUGAGUACCUGGAGGAAGGCGAUCGCUGGGCCCACGUGCACCAGGGCCGAGUGGAACAGUGCACGUGUGCGGGGGGCCAGGUUCGGUGCGAGGGCUCCCGCCACACAGCUUGCCUGAGCAGCCCAUGCUUGAAUGGGGGCACCUGCCACCUGAUUGUGGCCACCGGGACCACCGUGUGUGCCUGCCCCCCGGGCCACACCGGGCGGCUCUGUGACAUUGCGCCCGCCCAGCACUGCUUCCGGGGGAGCGGCACCGACUACCGAGGCGUGGCAGGCACGGCAGCCUCGGGCCUCAGCUGCCUGGCCUGGAACUCCGACCUGCUCUACCAGGAGCUGCACGCGGACUCCGUGGGCGCCGCGGCCCUGCUCGGCCUGGGUCCCCACGCUUACUGCCGGAACCCAGACAAGGACGAGAGGCCCUGGUGCUACGUGGUGAAGGACAGCACGCUCUCCUGGGAGUACUGCCGCCUGGCCGCCUGCGAAUCCCUGGCCAGAAUUCAACCCCCGCCCCCUGAGAUCUUGCUGUCUGAGCCCCCCGUAGCUGGAUCAGCUGGACGCCAGACCUGCGGCAAGAGACACAAGAAGAGGAGCUUCCUGCGGCCACGCAUCAUUGGCGGCUCAGCCUCGCUGCCCGGCUCGCACCCCUGGCUGGCCGCCAUCUACGUCGGGAACAGCUUCUGUGCCGGGAGCCUUGUCCACACCUGCUGGGUGGUGUCUGCAGCCCACUGCUUUUCCAACAGCCCCCCCAGGGACAGCAUCUCCGUGGUCCUGGGCCAACACUUCUUCAACCACACGACUGACGUGACACAGACGUUUGGCAUAGAGAAGUACAUCCCAUACCCCCUGUACUCAGUGUUCAACCCCAGUGACCAUGACCUUGUCCUGAUCCGGCUGGAGAAGAAGGGGGAACGCUGUGCUGUCCGUUCCCAGUUCGUCCAGCCCAUCUGCCUCCCUGAGCCCGGCAGCUCCUUCCCGGCUGGACACAAGUGCCAGAUUGCAGGCUGGGGCCACCAGGAUGAGAACGUGAGCGGCUACUCCAGCUCGCUGCGGGAGGCGCUGGUCCCCUUGGUCGCUGACCACAAGUGCAGCAGCCCUGAAGUAUAUGGGGCAGACAUCAGCCCCAACAUGCUGUGCGCCGGAUACUUCGACUGCAGGUCGGAUGCCUGCCAGGGUUCUCCCAAGCGCACUUAGUCGAUCAGCUGAUCCCAGCAGCUCAUUUAUCAAGCACUCCUCCAGGGGCUGCAUGUCAAUGCUGAGAGAGAGAAGCUGCUUUACUCCCCAUCUUAUAGGUGGGGAAACUGAGGCCAGGCCCAGAGGGGUCUGCUCACUCUUCCCAGGUCAUACAGCCCAGAAGUGGCAAGGAGUAGGGUACACCCCACCCCUUGAACCACGUGGUACAGCAAGUGCCCUUGGGGGGAAGUCAAGGAUGGCUUCACAGAGGAGGAGGCGUUUGCACGUGUCCUGAGGGGUGAAUAGUGUCCCAGGGGCUGAGGAGAGCAUUUCAAGUGGAGAGUAAGUAGCCUGUGCUGGAACCCAGGGCCACCUCGUCUCUGUGGGGUGCAUGCUGCUGGGUGGUGAGGGGAGCCAGACUGAGGAAGACGUUGCUGGUCAUGGAAGCAGGAGGGAGCCACCGCAGGACUUUAGAAAUGGGAAUGACUGGUCAGACGCUGUCACAGCAUCCUGGGAAUGGGAGGACUUCCUGUCUAUGAGGCUGGGGGAAGGUGGGGCAGGCCCCUUCCUUGGAAUACCUAUGUCAUCUGUCCCCCAAGCUGUCAGGAGGCCACCUUGUCAGCUGCCAGGGAGUCUGUCACAGGGGAGCGUCUGACUCUUCUGCGCCCUUGACUCCUCUGGGGGCAUUUUCGGGGUCGGGGUGAGGGAGGCU